AUGUCGACCUUGGAGGAAAACGUCAUUCAGCCAGUGAAGUAUGUCGGAUUCGACACCAUUACCUCGCAGAUCGAAAACAGAUUGUUGAAAAGAGGGUUCGCUUUCAACAUCAUGGUGGUGGGCAGAUCCGGGUUGGGCAAAACCACCCUCGUCAACACAUUGUUCUCGCUGAAGUUAGCCACAACUCAAGGCCGCCGUUCUGCAGAGGCGCCCAUUGAGAAGACCACGGAAAUCAAAGUGCACUCUCAUGUGUUGAACGAGAACAACGUCCGGUUGAACGUGAACGUGAUUGACACCCCUGGUUUCGGCGACCAGGUCAACAACGAUAAGUGCUGGGAGCCUUUGGUCAAAGAGCGGUUUAUCCCCGACACCCGUGUCCACUGUAUCUUGUACUUCAUCCCACCUUCGGGCACGAAGUUGAAGCCUUUGGACGUGCAGGCGCUCAAGAAACUUACCGAGAUCGCCAACGUUGUGCCAGUGAUUGCCAAAAGCGACUCUUUGACGCCCAACGAGAGAACGGCGUUCAAGAGGCAGUUGCAAAAUGACUUCAUCAAGCACAAGUUCAACAUUUACCCAUACGAGUCGGAUGAUUUGUUGGACGAAGAGAAGGAGUUGAACAGCGACAUCAAGGCUCUCAUCCCAUUCGCUAUUUCUGGGUCUGAGCGUGAGAUUGAGCUCAACGGCGAGCUUGUCAGAGGAAGAAAGUCCAGAUGGGGCGCCUUGAACAUCGAGGAUGUGCUGCAAUGUGAGUUUGUGUUCUUGAGAGACUUCUUGACGAGAACCCACUUGCAAGACUUGAUAGAGACUACAGCGUUGGUGCACUACGAGGGCUUCAGAACGAAGCAGUUGAUUGCAUUGAAGGAGAACGCCUCCAACCCAAACAGGCAGUCGAACGUGCUUAGGAACCAUAUCCCCGGCACUGCUCCAGGACAUGCUUCCGUGGGUGCUGGUACUGCCAACGGAACUGGUGCCCAAGAAACUGCCAAUGGCCACGCCGAAGGUGGGGCCGCUGCGGCUGCAAACACCAACAACACAGUCUACCAGCAAGGCAUGGGCACCUCCAGAAGCAUGGUGCUGAGUCUUGUGGACGGCAAGGAGCAGAGGUAG